AUGAGAGAGACGCGUGACACAAUUGAAGGGGAUGGAGGGGUGACAGACAUUCCAGAAAGGGGAAUAGGAGGAGGCGAAGCACAACGAGAGGCAGGAGGAGAUGGGGCAAAGGCAUUAGCAGUAGGAGGAGGAACAGGAAAUGAGAGCGAGAGAGGAGGAGGAAGAUGUGAAGCGAAAGGGGAGGCAGGGGCAAGUUGGGUGGAUGCAGUAGUGUGCUGGGCGGGCGGGGCAGUGCGGCUUUAUCUGGCGCAGGGAGCAGCGGGGAUUCUGCUUUUGGCGGAUCAGCCUUUGGAGGGUACGGAGGGGAGAGCGUGGAGGGAAGAUUGCACAGGCACGAGCAUGGUCAUGCACAUGGGCAUGGACAUGGGCAUGGGCAUGGGCAUGGGCAUGGGGUUGGAUAUGGGAGUCGGUAUGGGCAUGGGGGUCGGUCACGAGAGAGGCCCGCCCGCCGUGGGCCUACUAGAAGUCGACGCCGUGCCGCCCCUCUGCGCUGAGCUGGCACCCGCUGACGUCACUCCCGACCGAACCGACUCAGCAGGUCCGGGACAACCCGAACCAGGCUUCCGGACCAACUCGCGGUCGGCCACAGCUGUAGCAGUGCAUGAAUUGCUGGUGGCAGUGGGGACGGCAGGAGGAAAGGUUCUCCUCAUGCCUGUGCUACAACCAGCCCUGCACGGUUCCCCUUCCCCCCAUCAGCCCACCCCUGUUCCUGCCCGGAUCACAGAGCUAAUUCCCCCUCUGUCCGCCUUUGCCAGCUCCCCAAUGAGGCACGACAGGUCGUCAGUGUCUGUGCUGGCGUUCUCCCCUGCAGCUGAUCUGCUCGCAGCAGGGCUCGCAUCCGGGGCUGUUGUGCUCUGGGAUAUCUCCUCCCUCCGCCCUCGCUUUCCUGCUUCUUCUUCUGGUGCUGGUGUUACUGCUGGUGCUGCUGGUGCUGGUGGUGAGGCGAGAGGGGGAAGGAAGGGUGGGGGGAGGGUGGGGGCGGGCGGGGGAGGCGUGGGGGGGCUGGGGAGUGCGCUGGGGGGGUUGGUGGCGCCGGUGGUGAAGGUGGUGUGGGAGCAUGCUGCUGCUGUCGUGCAUGCAGGCUUCGCUGCCUCGGGAUUCCCCGCUUCUGCUGCUGGUGCUAUUUCUACUGGUGCUGCUGCUGCGGGUUCUGGUGCUUCUUCUGGAGGUGUGGGCAGUGGUGCUGCUGCCACUGCCACCGGCCCUGGUAAACGGGGAAUCGGGGGAGGAGGGGGAGGAGGCGGGGAGGGAAGAGGCGGAGGAGGGGCGGAAAGCAUGGGGAGUGAUUUUGGGGCGGGGCUGGUGAGUGGGGCGACGAGCCUCAUGAGCGGAGCAGCAGGGGGACUCAUGGGGGGAGCAGCAGGGAGGAGCUACGAGGUGGUGACGGGGGAUGCGAUGGAGUACGUGGUGCUGCAUUCAGUGACCUAUCUGCCCUUCCUGCGCUCCAUGAACAUCACUUCUCGCAAGAUUGGUGGUCGCUGUCUGUUGCUCUCCGCCUGGUUACCAGGUCCCAUCCACCCUUCCCAGCCUCCUUCCACCAGCUCCAACCCAGCCUCCCAAGCCUACCAGCCAGGUUCGGCAGGGCCAGCACAGCAGGGUGGACUUCCAGGCUCGGGAAAGAGCAGUGGUUUGGCAGUAGAGGCCAGGCAAAGAGGGGUAGAAGGAACGGUGGGAGGGGGAGGAGGAGCAGGGGGAGGGGAGAAGGGGGAGGGGGUAGCGGAGGUGACAAUGGGAGAAGUGAUGAUGGUUCAGGCCCUCGCCCUCUCUCCCUCCCUCGUAAUCCAACCCCUCUACAGGUUCAGGUCCUUCCAAAAUUCGCCCCCAUAUGCACGCACGCUCGACCUGCUGCCCUAUGCCCUCGACCCCAACACCACCACCUUACCCUACGCUGCCUGGCGCUGGGGCCUCUCCUUCGGCCUCUCCUUCCGCCUCUCCUUCUGCAAUUCUCCUCUCCUCCCUCCCCCCUGUCCGAUCCCUCACAGGCUCAGAUCCUCCCCAACAGGAGCAGGAGGGGGAGCAGCAGCAGCAGCAGCAGCGGGAAGAGCAGCAGGCGGAGGAGCAGGAGUGGGGGGAGCAGGGGGAGCAGCAGGGGCGCGGAGGGCAUGGGUGCAGGAGAAGGUGUUCGCGUUGGGGUGGGGGCGGGUGGUGCUGGUGGUGAGUGUGUUUGGGCGAAGCAUGGAGGUGAUUCACCGCUGGGACGUGCACUCCACUGUUGCUGGCCUUGCUUGGCUGGACCACCAGCAUUCCGUCUUUUCUCCAUCUUCAUCCCUCCUCCACUACCUAACCCUUCCAUACUCCCCUAACUACCUCCCGCUGCCCUUUCUUCCUGCUCUCGCCCCACAUCAGGUUCUCCUCAUCCUCACAGCUUCGGAGCACUUUUGUCUUUUCUCGCUGGGCGGCCAGCCAAUCAAGCGCCAGCCCUUGCUACACUACGACUCCGACUCAGAUUACAGCAGCUACAGUGCCGCCGGCCACGGCCGUUUCGGCCUUGUCUUCCACCCCUUUUUGUCUCGUAGCGGCCGCCCGAUCCCCUCGUUCCAGAACAGCGCCGCCGCCUGGAGCAGCGGGGCGGCGGUGUUUGUCCUCUUGCAGGGGGGCGGCAUGGUGGUGCGGGCGCACUUACUCUCCUGGAAGGAGAGAAUCAAAUCUCUGGAAGCGGCCGGCGACUGGAUGAAUGCGCUGCACACUGCAAUGGAGAUUUACCAAGGGAGGGCGGUGGGCGUAACAGGGUUACCAUGCGACCCGGAGGAGCUAGCAGCCGAAAUGGGGGCUCUCCUAUUAGCAUACAUAGAGCAGGUUUUCUCGUACUUAAAGCAGAGCGCGGCAGCGCUUACCCCAAAAACACUUAGCCCAGCGGUACUUAGCCCGGUAGCGCUCAGUCCUGUGAAUGCCAGUCCUGAAUCGUCACCCCGCCACCCAAGCUCCUCCGGUUCAGCCACAGCAGCAUCAGCGGCGGCAGCAGCAGUAGCAGCAGCAGCGGCAGUGGCAGCAGCAGCAGAGGCGGCGGGAGAGGAGCAGAGGGAGGAGUAUGUGCGGGUGGGCGGGGUGGCAAUCGAGUUCUGCAUCCGCGUGCACCAGCUGCCCCUGCUGUUCGGUGCCGUGUUUGACAAGUUCACCCAGAGAGGGCAGCGAGGCAUCUUCCUGGAGCUGCUGGAGCCGUACAUUCUCACAGACCACCUCAGCACGCUCCCUCCGGAGGUACCGCCUGCCUGCCUAGACGCACCUGCGGUGAUGCAAGCGCUGGUGGAGCAUUACAGUGAGAGGGGGUGGCUGUCGCGCGUGCAGCAGUGCGUGCUUCACAUGGACAUCUCCUCGCUGGACAUUAACCAGCAGUGCGUGCUCCACAUGGACAUCGCCGCACUUGACAUGACAUCAGCCAGGUUAGCUUGGAUGGGCGAAAUGAAGCAACUGUUCGUUUCUAGUCAUACUCCAAUCGACCUCUUCGUCUCACUCAUGCGUGCACCAUCUUGUUCCUCUUGUCCCUCCCCUCUUCCUCACAUCUCCCGUCUCCAUUUCUCUCAGGAGGUGGUGCGUCUAUGUCGUCGACACAGCCUGCACCUAUGUUUGCUUCUCCCUUUCUCUCCACCCCCCUUCUUCCCAUCUUUAACCCCCUCCUCUCAGGUGGUGCGUCUAUGUCGUCAGCACAGCCUGCAUUCAGCCCUCAUCUACCUCUUCACGCGGGCCCUUCCAUGCCCUCUCUCCCUUUCCUUCCGCCCCUGUUCCCCCCCAUUUUCGAUCCCCUCCCAGGUGGUGCGUCUGUGUCGUCAGCACAGCCUGCAUUCAGCCCUCAUCUACCUCUUCACGCGGGCCCUUCCAUGCCCUUUCUCCCUUUCCUUCCGCCCCUGUUCCCCCCCAUUUUCAAUCCCCUCCCAGGUGGUGCGUCUGUGCCGUCAGCACAGCCUGCACUCAGCCCUCAUCUACCUCUUCACGCGGGCCCUUGCGGAUUUCGUCUCGCCAGCCCAGCAGCUGCUUUCCACCCUCCUCGCCUCCUCCUCCUCCGCAGCUCCCACUACCGCCUGCUGCUCUUCCUCAAGCUCACCUUUUCCGGCCUCAAUUUCCCUCCAGGUAACUGCGGCUACACCUUUCCUCCUUCUCUUCUACACCUUUCCUCCUUCUCUUCUACACCUUUCCUCCUUCUCUUCUACACCUUUCCUCCUUCUCUUCUACACCUUUCCUCCUUCUCUUCUACACCUUUCCUCCUUCUCUUCUACACCUUUCCUCCUUCUCUUCUACACCUUUCCUCCAAGUAGUUGCACUCUUCUCUUCCUCCUGUCCGCCCCGCCCAUCCAUCCACCUUCCUGCUUUCCUUUUCUUUCCUUCCCUCCCAUCCAUCCACCUACAUCUUGCAGCGGUGCCAUCUCCCCGUCCCUCCUGCCCUCAGCUCAAGCUGAACUCCUCAACUUCCUCCUCAAACCUCGUGCGGGCUCAGAGGGAGGAGCGGAUGGAGGGGCUGGUGAUGGCUCUGCCGGACUCCUGUGGUGUGGACUUCAAUGCUCUCCUGCCCCUGGCGCUGCAAGCAGGCUUCCACCAGGUGAGGGCGAGUGGGCGAGAGAAAAUGGGAGUGAGAAAGUGAUCGAAAAGAAGGGGAUGGAGGGAGGAGCGGAUGAAGGGGCUGGUGAUGGCUCUGCUGGACUCCUGCGGAGUGGACUUCAAUGCUCUCCUGCCCUUGGCGCUUCAAGCCGGCUUCCACCAGGUGAGCUGUGCUGUCCCGUGAUGGGCAUGGGGAUAGGGCAAAGGAGACUGGAGGCAGAGGGAGGAGCGGAUGAAGGGGCUGGUGAUGGCUCUGCCGGACUCCUGUGGUGUGGACUUCAAUGCUCUCCUGCCCUUGGCGCUGCAAACGGGUUUUCACCAGGAGAGGAAGAGGAUGCUUCCACUCUGACUCUUGUGUCGACUCAAAAUGACUUUGAGUCGACUCAAAAGUCACCUCGUGUGAGGAGAGGAAGAGGAUGCUUACCACCACUCUCACUCCUGCGUUCUCCCAACAACUCUCUCCUUCUCUCUCUCCCCCCCUUCCUCCCCCCUUCCAACCAGGUGUGUGCGCGUCUAUUCAUGCGAACACACGGCAUGCUCGGCAUUCACCAAGCGCUCUCCUCUCUCCAUGUCCCCUCUUACACACAUGGAAAUUCCCCUCUCCCUUCAUGCCCCCAUCUCCCCAACCAGGUGUGUGCGCGUCUGUUCAUGCGAACACACGGCAUGCUCGGCAUUCACCAAGCGCUCUCCUCGCUCCUCACAGACGCCCACCACCCCGACAUGCCCUUUCGCCUCAUCCAAAAGGCAGCCCUCGCCCUCACCCGCAGGCACGGGGUGGUGGGCGGGGAGGAGGGUGCUGCGCUGCGAUUGGCCGUCCGGCGCCACCUGGCCCAGUUGGUGCGGCUGGACGGUGGCACUUGUCUGUAUGUGGCGCUGGGGCUGCUGCGGCUGGAUUUGGAGUUGAUUGUGAGUGCCGAUCUCGCCGGCCGGCCGCAGCUGCAGUUUGCUCUGCUGCGUGCCCUCUUCUUCUCCCAUUCGCCUCCUCCUCCUCCUCCGCUGCUGCUGCUCCCGUUGCUGCCAGCACCGGCAGGUGUAUCAGCAUCAGCAGGCCCAAACGCAGCAUCAGCAGUUCCAAAUACAGCAGCAGGGGAAGUUACAGCAGCUGCUGCUGCAGCACCGCUGCAAGAGGGAUUAGAACGAAAAGGAGGAGAUGAGGGGUUGGGGAUGGAGGGGUGGGAGGAGCAGAGGAGGCAGCUAGCAGCAGCAGCAUCCCCACGAAUGGUCGAGCUUUAUAUCGAGUUGCUCUGUAUCUACGACCCUCCCGCGCUGCUGCCCUUCCUCCAAUCACCUCUCGCCACCUGUCGCCUCGACCGCUGCCUCCGCGUCUGCCUCGCGCACAUCUCCCCGGCGCUCGCCGCGCUGCCACGUCAGCCCGUGCCAGGUCAGCAGCAGGGCGCGCCUCCGCAGGCGCCACGUCAGCAGGUGGGGGGAGAGCCAGUCCUGAACUGCCACAUCAGCGCUGCGGCGCGGGUGCUGCUAGAGCGAAUGGGGUUGGUUCAUGAGGCGCUGGCGCUGCUGCUGGUGGAAUUACACUGCUGCUUGCAUGCCCUGGAUAGGAGGGUUGCUGGGAUGAUGAUGAGGAGGAGCAAGAGGAGGUUGGGGGUGAUGGAGAGGUCUAUAGCGGGGACAACUGCUGAGGGGCCUGAAAGCGCCUCAAAAGAUGACACGAAUGCAGCAGAUGGAAGAGGUGCGAGUGCUGCUGGCCAUACAGCACGAGGAGCUGGCUCUCUGUACGCGCAGCACGGGCAGGCUGCCCCACUGGCAGCACCCUUUUCAUUUCACCUCAAUCCCGUCUUGACUUUCCCCAACCGUCUUCCAUCUCUCCCCCCCCAGGUGCGAGUGCUGCUGGCCAUACAGCACGAGGCAUUAGCUCUCUGUGGUGCUGUGUGGUGGUGCUGUGUGGUGGUGCUGUGUGGUGGUGCUGUGUGGUGGUGCUGUGUGGUGGUGCUGUGUGGUGGUGCUGUGUGGUGGUGCUGUGUAGUGGUGCUGUGUGGUGGUGCUGUGUGGUGGUGCUGUGUAGUGGUGCUGUGUGGUGGUGCUGUGUGGUGGUGCUGUGUAGUGGUGCUGUGUAGUGGUGCUGUGUGGUGGUGCUGUGUGGUGGUGCUGUGUGGUGGUGCUGUGUGGUGGUGCUGUGUAGUGGUGCUGUGUGGUGGUGCUGUGUGGUGGUGCUGUGUGGUGGUGCUGUGUGGUGGUGCUGUGUGGUGGUGCUGUGUGGUGGUGCUGUGUAGUGGUGCUGUGUGGUGGUGCUGUGUGGUGGUGCUGUGUGGUGGUGCUGUGUGGUGGUGCUGUGUAGUGGUGCUGUGUGGUGGUGCUGUGUGGUGGUGCUGUGUGGUGGUGCUCUUUCUCCUCCCUCUCAGGGCCCUCCCCAUCCCAUCUGCACCACCAGCCUUCCCACCACUACACCCCUCCCCAUCACACACACCCCCCAACCGCUGGCACUCGCUCUACUCACACCUCCUUACAGUCACAGGGGCGUCCGGCACAGCAGCCACAGGCAGGACCGGGGUGCAGUCCCGAGCAGGUGAUUCCUCAGGUGAUUUCUCAGGUGAAAACGGUCAGCAGGGGGUUGCUCCGUCUGCACUGAGCUCGUUUCCGGCCCCAUCUCUGCCGCCUUCGGUCUUCCCUCCUCCUCCACCCCCGCUUUUCGCCUCCUGUUGUCACGCGCUUGUGCUGCUUCGGGAGCAGCAGCAACGGGAAAGAAGUGGGGAUGAGGAGCAGGCUCAAGAGCAAGCGAAACAGCAACAGCAGCAGCAGCAGCAGCAGCAGCAGCAGCAGCAGCAGCAGCAGCAGCAGCAGCAGCAGCAGCAGCAGCAGCAGCAGCAGCAGCAGCAGCAGCAGCAGCAGCAAGAAAAGCGGUGGUGGCGGCAGGAAAACCACCCGCAAGCCUGCGAUCUGAUUCUGUUUGCCGUCCGGUUCCUGCUACAAUGCUGUGCGACGGCCACUGUAGCAGAGAUGGCAGGGAUGGUGCCUCUGCCAGUCAUUGCUGCCUGGCUGCUUGGUUCAGGCGAGAGGCAGAGAGACGGGGAAGGGGGAAGAGAUCUCAUUCAGAGUGCAAUGACGGAGAAUGCUCAGAAGGAGGGUGCAGCAAGGACUGCAGGGGAUGUGGUGGGAGGGCUGCUGGAAAUUUUAGGUCGGGCAGGGUCGGAUGAGCAGCUAUUUGCUGCUGCUGCCCGGGCAGCCAAUACAGAUUCGUUCUCCCACUGCACCUCCCUGCUCUCUCUCCUGCAGCACCCCACCCGCCCCUCCUCCCGCUCCUGCCGCCUCUGCUCCACUGCUCUGUACGCCCCAGCGUCAACAGCUAAGGGAGCAGCAGCAGCACCACCACCAUCCCUGCUGCUACGAUUGCCAGCCACAGCAGCAGCCGCAGCAGCAGCAGCAGCGGCAGCAGCAGGAAAGAGAUUACCAGUGGAGGUGUGUCUGUGUGGGCAUGGGUUUCACAGGGAGUGCUUGCAGCGGCGCCACCGAGACAGCUUCUUCUUUCCACCUCCCCAUGAGUGCCCCGACUGUGGUGCCUCUCCCACCCGCCUUGUCCCCUCGCACCUCUCCUCUGCUGCUGCUCCUCCUGCUGCUAAUGCCGCAGCUUCUGCUGCGCAUGCUGCCUCUUCUGGUGCUCUGGCAGUGGGUGGGGCCAGUGGGUUGGCUGCUUCUCUUCUGGAGGUACCAGAGGAGAGGGAUGGAGGGAGGAUAGGGACAGGAGGGGCGUCUGUAACACCACCAUUGACUGUAGCUGGUGGGAGCCCCGCUGCCUUAUUCUCUGUAUCGUCAUCCUCGAUAAGCGCAAGGCUUCUCACACUAGAAGCAUCCAGGAAACAGCAACAACAAGACGAGUUGUGCCGGCUAAAGCGUCUUCACGCCACGUCAGCACCGCGCUCCGCUGCUGCGAGAGGGAGGGGGGAGAUGCGUGGGGGGCGAGGGCAUGGAAAAGGGGGUAAGGAGCGGUUGAGGGAGCAGACAGAGGAGUUACAGAACAAACGGGAGGAGAGGCUGAGGGCUGCUCGUGAGAGAGAGCAGCAGCAGGGGAUCGGCAGGUUUAAUCCAUUUGGUCGUUUCUUUAGGGGAGGAACUGGGUCGUAA